CACAAUACAUAAAGAUACUUGGAGUUCUUAUAAGAUGGCAGACAUUGACAACAAAGAACAGUCUGAACUUGAUCAAGAUUUGGAUGACGUUGAAGAAGUAGAAGAAGAAGAAAUGGGUGAAGAAACAAAAAUCAAAGCGCGUCAGCUGACUGUUCAGAUGAUGCAAAAUCCUCAGAUUCUUGCAGCCCUUCAGGAAAGACUGGAUGGUCUGGUAGACACACCAACAGGAUACAUUGAAAGCCUGCCUAAAGUAGUCAAAAGACGGGUGAACGCCCUCAAAAACCUUCAAGUUAAAUGUGCACAGAUAGAAGCCAAGUUCUACGAGGAAGUUCAUGAUCUUGAAAGGAAAUAUGCUGUUCUCUAUCAGCCUUUAUUUGAUAAGCGAUUUGAGAUCAUUAAUGCAAUUUAUGAACCUACAGAAGAAGAAUGUGAAUGGAAACCAGAUGAGGAGGAAGAAAUUUCGGAGGAAUUGAAAGAGAAGGCCAAGAUUGAAGACGAGAAAAAGGAUGAAGAAAAAGAAGACCCUAAAGGAAUUCCUGAGUUUUGGUUGACAGUUUUUAAGAAUGUUGAUUUGCUCAGUGAUAUGGUUCAGGAACAUGAUGAACCUAUUCUGAAGCACUUGAAAGACAUUAAAGUGAAGUUCUCAGAUGCUGGCCAACCUAUGAGUUUUAUCUUAGAAUUUCACUUUGAACCCAAUGAAUAUUUCACUAAUGAAGUGUUAACAAAGACGUACAGGAUGAGGUCAGAACCAGAUGAUUCUGAUCCCUUCUCUUUUGAUGGACCAGAGAUUAUGGGUUGUACAGGGUGCCAGAUAGAUUGGAAAAAAGGAAAGAAUGUUACUUUGAAAACCAUUAAAAAGAAGCAGAAACACAAGGGACGUGGGACAGUUCGAACUGUGACUAAAACAGUUUCCAAUGAUUCUUUCUUUAAUUUUUUUGCCCCUCCUGAAGUUCCUGAGAAUGGAGACCUGGAUGAUGAUGCCGAAGCCAUACUGGCUGCAGACUUUGAAAUUGGUCACUUUUUACGGGAGCGGAUAAUCCCAAGAUCAGUGUUGUACUUUACGGGAGAGGCUAUUGAAGAUGAUGACGAUGAUUAUGAUGAAGAAGGGGAAGAAGCUGAUGAGGAAGGGGAAGAAGAAGGAGAUGAGGAAAAUGACCCUGACUAUGACCCCAAGAAGGAUCAGAACCCAGCAGAGUGCAAGCAGCAGUGAAGCAGGAUGUCUGUGGCCUUGAGGACGGCCUACCCUGUAAUAGCCUAAAUACGACUCAUUGCUUACAGCCUAUGUCUUGUAUUUUCUUGGUAGAAUCAGUAAGUUUUUAAAGGAAAGGAAAUUGCUAUUUGAAAGACCAAUCCGUUCUGCCUAGCAUCCUAACUCUAGUUCUGUCAGAUGUGUUGAAUGCAGAAAUCCUCUCUAGUGCAUGUUAUUGAUGCCGCAGUUUGGUUCUUGUGGAUGGUUUGUCAUGUACCUGUUGGAAUACAAGUACGGAAAUCAACUGUUGAACACGUUGUUUGCUGUAGCUGUUUCUUUCCUCAAGAACCAAAAUUAUUUGCAGCUGGUAGAGCAGGUUGAAGUCGGCCUGUAUCCUCUAAUGGCAUCCAUUAUGUUAGGCGAUUCAGUGACUGACACGUUGGAGAAAGGAAAAUUGUGGCUAAGAAUUUCCAGUAAGAUCAAACCUAGUAACAGAUUACUAAGGGAGUUUUCUAUUUCAGAUGACAUAAUUGUAACAGAAGUCAACUCAUGGUUAUUAGUUAUCAUAGCAAGAUGAAAAAACCCUAGGGUUUUUUUAUUUUUUUCAGAAGUUAAUCUGAUAGUAUUUAAAUGUACUUUGAAAAUUAACCUCCAUUAAUUAAAUCUUUUCUUUAUGGUAGGGCCUACCUUCUGCUUUCCUGGAAAGGAUGGAAUUACAUCAUUUGAAUCUAUUUUGAGUUUUUCUCUUGUUUGUUUGCCUACUUUUGUUUUAUAGCCUAAAAUAAAAACUUCAUACAGUUUUAGCCCUCACAGGGUGAUGUCUCAGUUUGUACUGAUUGAGGCUGUUGCGGAGGGUUAGCUUGAGUUCAGGGAUGCCUAGUUUUCCAUAGUGAGCAACUUUGCAAGAGGUAAUAGGCGUGUGCUUUUAAAAAGGAGUAACAAAUAAUGUGCGAUACUUGUUUUUUUAAACAGAAAGGUUAAAUUCCAUUUGUUUAGAACUAAGUAUCUUUGACGUCUGUUUAUUCUAAUGCUUAGUGUCCAAAGAUGAGUAGUGUGUCCCUCAGCCAUGCUUCUGUUUACUGUGGACAAUUAGGAAUGGGUAGUACUGUUAAUUUAACUACCUCACAGGCAUAUUGGAGUAAAUCUCACAAACUUUCUUAGUCUUACUAUAAAUGCUCAAAAAAAAUCAGGCCUCUGUACCACAAGUGUGAUGUUCAGCAUUAUAUUCACACUUAAGAGCUUGGAUAAUUAAACUGGAGAAUUAAUUUAAAGACUGUCUUUUUAGUGUCCCCCCCUUUCAGGCGUUUGAAGUGACCACAUUUUAAUAAACCCCAUAAUGGUAAUGAGGCCAUUGCAGAGGGAGGGUGACCUAAGUUUUAGAUGCUGAGAGCAGAGCCACUUUUAAAAUACCUCAGGCUAAUUACUGUUCGUUUGGGGAAGGAACUUUUCUUCACAGGGUAUAUUAAAUGGAUUGUGCUUGGCAGACAGUCUAUCAUUCCUGCUGUUAAUAAAAUUUAUUUUACAUUGAGAUUUUUUUUUUCUUUUUGUGAAAUUUUAGUGUUGAGGUCUUAGGAUGUGAACACAUCUUAACCUCUUCCUAAGAUUUAACUACUGGAAAUCCUUAACCUGUUAUAGUAUUUCCUUUAUUUUGAAAAUGAUUGAUUGCUUUCUCUUAGAUGAUUAUGCUAUUUUCUGUAAUCACAGUUCAUCUAAACACAAGCUUGUUUUCUUGACCAUUAAAGUUUGUAACUUAAAGAUAGACUCCUUUCAGUGAGCUUAACUAGCACAGUCUUUCCCUCCCUCCUUUAGGAAGUAGCUAUUGCCAAAGUGAUCAGGUAGCUGGUGGUUCCUGUACACUGGGAAUGUGCUUUGUGGACGGACAUGUGGACGUCAGUGUUCAUUAUGACAUUUGGUUGCCCCCCAAAUGGUUCUACUCCAUUCUAGAAGUUUGAAAUGUGUAAUUUGAAAUCCUCAAUAAAAUUGGAUCUAAUUUUAUAAAAUA